GAUAGAGCCCGCCGGGGUGGCACCAUGGCAGAUGCGGUGUGAGGGGCGGCGUCUCGAGCCCCGGCGCGGGCAGGCAUCGCACCCCCAAGCCAAGCCCAAGGGCUACAUACAUCCUCCACAUGUUCCCCUACCCCAGGUUAUAAGUUUGAGAAAGGCAACCGCCGUGGGCCGUGGCUGCCAUGGCCGGUGAAGGAGAAUAGGUGGAUUUGAGAUGAAGAAGAACUGAAGAAGAAGGAGAGGUGAUGCUCGCAAGUCGCAAUGCCUGCCUGCCUGCCAUAUACUGUGUACCUAACGCCUGCAAUUCAAUUAUCUGGUAUUAUCAUGUGGAGAGGAAUGCUGGGAAAACUUCUUUUCUGGCAAGCAUCUCUCUUAAAUUCACCGGAUAGUUCGUGUGGAGGACGUUCGAUGAUGGGGAUAGCCGGACCUUGACUGCAAACUGUUGUGUAUCAAGAAUUAAUUUUCUGCACUUAUGACAAAAAAGAUGGCCGGAGAAGUCUUUGGCUUGCCCUGCUUCUUCUCCUUGAUGACUGAGUUGGCACUUUGGAGGGUCAACUACGUUGCACAAUAAUAGGGCACUUCCUGAACCGUACUGGAAUCCAGAAAUUUGGUUUCAAGAAACUGUAAUUAAAAUACACCGUCUACAACUACAAAUAUUUAUUAUUUGUUACUUGAUGGUGCCAAAUAAAUAAUUAUAAGUGAGUAGCCAACAUGUCCCCUUUUCUACUGUUCACUUCACUGAGUACUUCCAUGAUUGGGUGGAUUUGGGGGUACAGAAGCUGUAGCUUGAAUAACAAGCAAGGAAUUGUAUUUGCACUUUGAUAGACUCACUGGUAUAUGCACACGCUUUUCUUUACCCGCAUAAACCUCUCACAUGUUCCUUUUGUGCCCAGGCUAUUUUUCAAUCAUCCGGGGGCGUGAUCUAGAAGCAAGUUAACCAAGACAGCACUGAAGUCAAAGUCAAGUACAAGUUUCAGCUCCCAUACCCUUACUUCCACAUAUAUCUAAGCAGACACACAAAUAUUUUAAUAAGCACACUCCAUUAGGACAAGAAGAGAGACAUGGCUCCUCGAGUUUUUCGCACUGAAUCUCUCAUUGUUCCGUCCCAACAUGCACUCUUUCUUCUCUACACCAUCCUCAUAUUUCUGUCCUCCAACACAGUAGUAUUCACAUCAGCACAAGCUAGCAACAGAUCUGAGAGUGACCGGCGAGCCCUUCUCUGCUUCAAAUCCGGCAUCUCCAAGGGAUCUGCCCGUGUUCUUGGAUCAUGGCGCGAUGACUCGCUCAGCUUCUGCGGCUGGCGAGGGGUCACCUGCAGCACCACCCUCCCAAUCCGCGUCGUGUCCCUCCAACUCAGGUCUACGCUGCUCACAGGAACACUAUCCAGUUGCAUGGCAGCCCUUGGUUCUCUAGUUCAGUUGAACCUUUGGAACAAUAAGUUAUCUGGAAGCAUACCUAAAGAGAUAGGUGAGCUUCGGAGCCUCCAAACCCUGAUGCUUGCUGGAAACAGGCUUUCAGGUAACAUCCCUCUGUCAUUAGGUACAGCUGCAUCUCUUAGAUAUGUCAACCUUGCAAACAACUCUCUUAGCGGAACUAUCCCUGAUUCCUUAGCAAAUAGUUCGUCACUCAGUGAGAUCAUCCUCUCACGUAAUGACUUAUCUGGGUUGAUCCCAGCUACUUUGUUCAACUCAUCCAAACUUGUUGCUGUUGACCUCCGGUCGAAUGCUCUCUCCGGACCUAUCCCACAUUUCCAAAAGAUGGGAGCUCUGCAAUUUCUCAGUCUUACAGGGAAUUUACUUUCUGGUACUGUACCAGCAUCUUUAGGAAAUGUUUCAUCCUUGCGUUCCCUCCUACUAGCACAAAACAUCUUAAUAAGAUCAAUUCCAGAAACUUUGGGUCAAAUUUCAAACCUAACAACGCUAGAUCUAAGUUACAAUAAUUUCUCGGGGUAUGUCCCAGCCACACUGUACAAUGUGUCAUCACUCACACUCUUUAGCUUAGGCAGCAACAAUUUUAUUGGACAGAUACCUUCUAAAAUUGGCCACUCACUUCCAAAUCUUCAAACAUUGGUAAUGGGAGGCAACGGAUUUCGUGGACCAAUCCCAGAUUCUCUGACCAACAUGUCAAAGCUCCAAGUGCUUGAUCUUUCAAGUAACUUGCUGACGGGCGUGGUGCCAUCUCUAGGAUCCUUGGCAAACUUGAGUCAACUGCUUCUAGGAAAUAAUAAACUCGAAGCUGGUGACUGGGCAUUCCUUGCCUCUCUCACCAAUUGCUCGAAGUUGUUAAGAUUAUCAGUGGAUGGGAAUAUCCUGAAUGGAAAUUUGCCAAAGGCAGUAGGCAGCCUUUCAACAAAGCUCGAGCAGUUAAACUUUGGAAGAAACCAGAUCUCUGGAGACAUACCAGCUGAGAUAGGCAACCUUGUAAGCCUCACUCUGCUUGACAUGGGCCAGAACAUGCUCUCAGGACAAAUUCCCCUGAGAGUUGGGAGCUUCAGAAACUUGUUUGUCCUGAAACUAUCGAGGAAUAGAUUAUCAGGCCAGAUUCCAUCAACGGUUGGUAAUCUUCCUCAACUCGGGCAGCUUUAUCUUGAUGACAACAAUUUGUCUGGAAACAUACCAGCAACUAUAGGACAAUUGAAAAGGUUAGCUAUGCUGAACUUAUCAGUCAACAACCUUGAUGGAUCCAUACCAAGAGAACUCCUCAAUAUUUCUUCCCUUUCAUUGGGUUUGGACUUGUCAAACAACAACCUGUAUGGGCCGGUACCAAGGGAAGUUGGUAACCUGAUCAAUCUUGGCCUUCUUAAUGUUUCCAACAACAAAUUGUCUGGUAGUCUUCCUUCUGAACUUGGCAUGUGUAUUCAUCUGGAAUACCUUCAGAUUGAAAGCAACAUGCUUAGUGGGAUUAUUCCUCAGUCUCUCGCUGCACUAAGGGGCUUAGAACAAAUAGAUCUGUCGGACAACAAUUUAACUGGUGAAGUUCCGCAGUUUUUUGAGGGCUUCAGCAGCAUAAGUUACAUUGAUAUAUCAAACAACAAAUUUGAAGGGCCAAUCCCGACUGGUGGUAUAUUCAGAAAUUCAACUAAGGUAUCCCUGCAAGGUAACAAAGGGUUAUGUGAAACAGCUGCUGCCAUAUUUGGACUUCCCAUUUGCCCAACCACCUCUCCCACCACCUCAUCAAGAAAAAGGAAGAUCAAUACACGCCUGCUGCUGAUAAUAGCUCCAGCAGUUACUAUUGCUUUGUUCUCAUUAUUAUGUGUUGUUGUCACUGUUAUGAAGGGGACUAAAGCUCAACCAUCUGAAAGUUUCAAGGAGACAAUGAAGAGGGUGUCAUAUGGGGACAUCCUUAAAGCCACCAAUUGGUUCUCCCCGGUCAACAGGAUCAACUCCAGUCACACAGCAUCAGUCUACAUUGGUCGGUUUGAGUUUGAUACAGAUCUAGUGGCAAUCAAGGUAUUCCAUCUCAGCGAGCAAGGUUCGAGAAAUAGCUUUUUCAGCGAGUGUGAAGUACUAAAACACACCCGCCACCGUAAUCUGGUUCAAGCUAUUACCCUGUGCUCAACGGUAGAUUUUGAGGGCGACGAGUUCAAGGCUAUAGUAUACGAGUUCAUGGCAAAUGGUAGCCUGGACAUGUGGAUACACCCAAGGGUUGGCAGCUCAAGGAGGCUGCUGAGCUUGGGCCAGCGGAUAAGUAUUGUUGCUGAUGUGGCUUCUGCUCUGGACUAUAUGCACAACCAGCUGACACCUCCUUUGAUUCACUGUGAUUUGAAGCCGAGCAAUGUUCUGCUGGACUAUGACAUGACCUCACGCAUUGGCGAUUUCGGGUCCGCCAAGUUUCUCUCUUCAAGUAGUGGCAGGCCAGAAGGCUUCAUUGGGAUCGGAGGAACAAUUGGAUAUAUCUCUCCUGAAUAUGGGAUGGGAUGCAAAGUCUCGACAGGUGGCGACGUUUACGGUUUUGGGGUGCUGCUACUGGAGAUGCUCACGGCAAGGCGGCCGACGGACGCGCUAUGCGGCAAUGCUCUCAGCCUCCACAAGUAUGUCGACCUAGCCUUCCCCGAGAGGAUCGCUGAGGUUCUAGAUCCCCAUAUGCCAUCCGAGGAGGACGAGGCGGCUGCUUCUCUGCGUAUGCAAAACUACAUUAUACCUUUGGUCAGUAUUGGCCUGAUGUGUACCAUGGAUUCGCCGCAAGAUAGACCAGGUAUGCAUGAUGUCUGUGCCAGAAUUGUUGCCAUGGAAGAGGCAUUUGUCGAGACCUUCUUGUGAUUACGGCAACUAGUAAGUUGGGCAGUGAGAUGUUAAAGAUCAUGUAUAUACAUUUAGAAGUACAGUACAGUUACUACACUACUGUAAUGCCUAUAUACACUUGUAGAAUAAUUCCAACAUUUAUUUUAUUUAUCUGGUACAUAUGAACCAGUAUGCUAUGUGCCCGCCAAAAUAAGCGAUGCAAGUAUUUCUUUCUUUGCGAAUCAACCUGUGGUUGAGUUGGUUAGGUGGACAGUGGUAUCCCCAACCCACCAGGGUUCAAAUCCUGGUGCUCGCAUUAUUCCUGGAUUUAUUUCAGGAUUUCCGGCGAUGCGCUUUCAGUGGGAGCAGACGUUCCCGUCGACGACGAGGCGCCUACGGUGACUUCGUAAAUCU